GUUAGCGCGUCGGAAAUCAAUAGCAAUUGCGUGUUCCUCACCCGCACGCCAACCGCCGCCGGCUAGCCGCCGAUUCGAGGGUUCGUUCGGGGAGGAGGCAGAUCGGUUCCGCGAUGGAGUGCAUCGCCGAGAUGCCGCCCGCGCCGCUGGACCGCCGCCCGCGCAAGCGGCAGCGUCUGGGGUGGGACGUCGGCCCCGCCGGGAUGCAUCAGAUUCAGCUUGGACUUUGUGGGCAAGAAGUUGUGAAUGCCAUAAGUGCUGUGGCAUUGGGUCUCUCUUCAGGUGGUAUUGUUUCCUCUCAGCUCAACCAAGGGCAGACUCGUGACGGUUCCCCUCCACUGAGAGAAGAUGACAAGGAUGGGCAUUAUGUUUUUGCUGUUGGAGAUAACCUCACACCCCGCUAUAAGAUCAAUGCGAAAAUGGGCGAAGGUACCUUUGGCCAGGUGUUGGAGUGUUGGGAUAAGGAAAGGAAAGAAAUGGUGGCUAUCAAGAUCAUUAGGGGGAUUAAGAAGUACAGGGAUGCUGCAAUGAUAGAAAUUGGCAUGCUCGAGCAGCUUGGUAAAUACGAUGAAAGUAGAUCCAGUUGUGUUCAAAUUCGGAACUGGUUUGACUAUCGUAACCAUAUAUGUAUUGUCUUUGAGAGGCUUGGACCAAGCUUAUAUGAUUUUCUGCGGAAAAACAAUUACCGCUCAUUCCCAAUUGCCCUAGUUCGGGAGGUUGCCAAACAACUGUUGGAAUGUAUAGCAUUUAUGCAUGAAUUGCGCCUCAUACACACUGAUUUAAAGCCUGAGAACAUUCUUCUUGUUUCUCCGGAGUACAUUAAAGUGCCUGAUUACAAAGUUUCAUCCAGAUCCCCAAAGGAGGGAUCCUAUUACAAGCGGUUGCCCAAGUCUAGUGCUAUCAAGGUGAUUGAUUUUGGUAGCACUACCUAUGAUCAACAGGAUCAGAGUUAUGUGGUAUCCACCAGGCAUUAUCGGGCUCCAGAAGUUAUACUUGGACUUGGAUGGAGUUACCCAUGUGAUAUCUGGAGUGUUGGUUGUAUUCUUGUUGAGCUUUGCACGGGUGAGGCAUUGUUCCAGACUCAUGAAAACUUGGAACAUCUGGCUAUGAUGGAGAGGGUGUUUGGACCUUUGCCAUACCAUAUGCUUAGGAGGGCAGAUCGCCACUCUGAGAGAUACAUCAGAAAAGGACGUCUGAAUUGGCCUGAGGGUUGUACUUCGCGGGAGAGCAUGAAAGCUGUGAUGAAACUGCCCAAGCUCCAGAAUCUGGUGAUGCAAAAUGUGGAUCAGUCAGCUGGGGAUUUCAUCGACCUUUUGCAAGGGCUGCUGAAGUAUGAUCCAGCAAACCGCCUGACAGCACAAGAGGCGCUGAGGCAUUCCUUCUUCACAGAAGGGUUGGAGCGAAGAAGAUGAUAUUCCCUGCAACCUCAUCCUUGUUUGACUAACUCUGCUGUGUGCAAACUUCCUCGACAGUUCUCUUAUUGUUUUGUAACAUAGAGCUUCUGUACAUGUAGACCAAUCUGUAUGUAGUUGCAAUGAAGUUUCAAACUUGUUUGAAGCUUGUGCGUUACCUGAUGAUGCAUCACAGAUGAAGUCAAAUGGGUACAUUUGACAAAUCCUUACUUGAGUUUGAUUUUUGCAUCUCAUUAUUCCUUGCCAGGGUUGUAA